CAGACGUAUAAAUUGUAUGUUAAAAGGAAAGCGUUUCCGAACUAAAAGCAGUGAAAUUCCAAAUUUUUAAUAGUAUUUUUUUGUGAAUGACAUAUGUGUGUCAAUCUUUCGAGUGUGAAAUGUUAGCGUUCAUUAAAUAAAUGUGUUUUUGCGGAUACCAAAACGAUGCAAUUAUCAUAUGAAAACCGUUGACAGGGUAUACACAAGAACCGAUUUUAUGGUGUGAAAUUUGAACGGUGAAAAAUUAUAUUAAAUAAAUAAUCAGUGUUUUCAAAUUAACAUUUUACUCAUUUUAUGGUCUGGAGAAAACAGUGCUUGCACGUCUUCACCAACUGGAUGUAUUUUAUCUGGAGAUUUGAUUUAUGUUACAUACAUCGUGACAAAUAAACCGCAUCGAAAUUAAAAACUUUAUCAAGCGAAAAAAAAGCAUCAAUCACGUUUCCUCUGGGAAACUGUGAGCAGUGCGGCAUAUCAAUCAAAUUGUCGAUGGAAAUGUCUAUUUUAAAUUUACUACCAUAAACUCAGUAACCGUAUCAAGUAAGCAAUCAAAGUAACAAGUGUAAAACAAACGAUGAAAACUAAUUUAAAUUAUCGCUCAGCAUAACAUGAUUACUGAAAGACUGAAAAUUACUAAUUGUACACCAUCAAAAGUUAUGAUAUGAACUCAUUCGUGCCAAAAUAGUAAAUUAAAAUACAAAAAAAAAAGAAAAUGAUGUACGUCUAUAUAGCAAUCACGACACAAAGAACAUUUUGCAAUACGAAAAUAAUGUUAUGUUUUAAAUCAUUUUAAAAAAAAGUUUAUUAUUUUGGGUGAAAUGUAAUAAAAUCCAUGUGUUCGUUAUUGGCGCUUAAGGACAACAUCAUAUUCGUGUAACAAAACAUAAAUAAAACACAGUUCGACACAGAAAAUAAUAUCAAACGCGCGUAGCACACAGUGAUAUUAUUGCCACCAUAUUUCUGGGCUCUGAAUUCUACACACACGCACACACAAAAUACAUAUAUAUCUUUCAAACAUAAUAGCAGCCAUAAUGACAUUGAACUACGUAGUACCAAAAAUUUUAUCGCCGGCAACGUUUCAGCAUCAGCAACCACAACAGCACAAGCACUCCAAUGGAAAUUCUGGGACGCGCCUGCAUCGUGAAAUUAUCAACAUAAUUAUAGCUGUGAUGAUGAUGCUUCUGGGAGCAUACAGCAUCAAAGAUCAUUGCGUAAUGGCAGAUCCGUAUGAUAUCCAAGGGCCAACGUUUACAAUUGAACCACCACAUCAUCUAGAAUUUACAAAUAUUGUCGAUAAUCUAAUUCCAUGUCAGGCGAAAGGAUCACCAAAACCAAAAAUCGAAUGGCUGAAUCUGGAUAAUACUCCUGUUACCACCAUACCAAGAAUUCGCCACAUUUUGGAGAAUGGUUCAUUGUAUUUUCCAAAAUUUGAUACGACUGCUUUUCGUCAAGAUGUACAUUGGACUGUGUAUAAAUGUAUUGCAUCAAAUGCAGGUGGCACAAUCAUAUCGAGAGACCUGUCUAUAAAAGCGGUUAUUAAUCAACAAUUUGAUCCGGAAGUGCAAAAUCCGGCAGCUUUCAUUGGCAGCAACGUACUAAUGAAAUGCAAUAUUCCAACCUUCGUUAAAGACUAUGUAUCGGUGAUAUCAUGGCUACAAGAACCAUCUUUUAAUAUAUAUCCAGCAACGGAAAGUGAUGGAAAGUAUCACAUGCUGCCAACGGGAGAGUUAUUGAUCAUUAAUAUAACACAUUCGGAUGCUCAACAUACAUAUCGAUGUCGCACAUAUCAUCAGUUGACUCAAGAAGUGAUUGUUAGUGGAAACUUUGGCAGAAUACAAUUAAGCGGAAUGCGAGAACCAGUCCCACCGAUAUUAAAUGACAAACUCAUACAAAUGACAACGAAAAUUGGCGAAUCAUUACUCAUUCCAUGUGUGGCUUACGCCAAUCCACGAGCAAAUUAUCGAUGGCAUAUUCGUAAAAAUAACGUUGACGAAGCCAUUGACGGAUACGAUGUAAAUCAAGAUUUUAAGGCUGCACAUCGCACUCAUCAAUCCAUUACACUGUCAUCCCCACAAGAAAAACACCAACCAUAUCAAAUGAAGCACAAUAGCAAUAACAAUAGCAAUCAACUAAAACGUAUAUUCGUACUUCCGAGUGGAACAUUAAGCCUAAACGACAUUAAACGCUCAGACGCUGGUGUAUAUAUUUGUGUUGCUUCAAAUUCAGAGGGAAGCGAAACAUUGGAAAUUCAACUAAGCGUCAUUGAAGCGUUGACCGUACAAAUCUUACCAGCACAACAAACUGUUGACUUGGGAAAGAGCACCGACUUGCGAUGUAUAGCAACAGGAUUCCCGCUUGGAAAUGGUGUGCAAUGGCUAAAAGACGGACAACCAUUAAGAACGGGCUCGCGUGUGAGACUACUCACCAAAGAGCACAUUAAAAUAACAUCAGUGACAAAAGAAGACCGAGGACUGUACCAAUGCUUUGUUCGAAAUGACUAUGAUGCGGUGCAAAGUACUGCUGAGAUCAGAUUAGGAGAAGGAGCACCGCAGCUUUUAUACAAAUUCAUUGAGCAAACGAUGCAACCGGGUCCGUCCGUUUCACUGAAAUGUUCGGCAACAGGCAAUCCAACACCACAAAUAACAUGGAAAUUAGAUGGGUUUCCAUUGCCAGAAUUGGAUCGUUUGCUAAUCGGUCAAUAUGUCACGAUGUUUGGCGAUGUAAUUAGUCAUGUCAAUAUAACAGCCGUUAAAUCUGAAGACGGUGGAGGCUAUGAGUGUACCGCUGUGUCAAAAGCCGGUUCCGCCUCUCACUUUGGCAGACUAAAUAUUUAUGGAUCGCCAUACGUUCGACCAAUGGAACCAAUUUUAGCAAUUGCAGGUAAAAAAUUGCAGAUAAAAUGCCCGGUGGCUGGUUAUCCGAUUGAAGAGAUUAUAUUCGAGCGAGAAAAUGUAAGACUACCGACAAAUAUGUGACAGCGUGUGAGUAACGGAACGCUUUACAUUGAGAACGUCCAACGAGUUGCUGAUCAGGGUACAUAUACGUGCAUCGCAAGAAAUCGACACAACGAAACUUCUGAGCGAUCGGUUGCCGUUACUGUUUUGGUUCCACCGCGAAUAUCACCGUUCAAUUUUGAAAAGGAUAUAACAGAAGGUUUGCGCACUCAACUGAUGUGCUCGACAUCCCAAGGCGACCCAGCAACAUUCAAUAUAACCUGGCUAAAAGACCAAAAAAUCAUUUAUACACGAAAUACCAAUAAGAAACCAAACGGUGGCAUUCCCGGCCCAGACACUGACUAUGGAACAUGGAAAAUGAACGAACAAUCGCCGCAGUACUAUGUAGACAAUACCAUUCAUAUAAAUGAAUAUGCGCCAUUUUCAAGUAUUUUAUCUAUUGAAAAUCUCACAUCGGCACAUAACGGAAAUUACACGUGCCAAAUUAGUAACCAAGGUGGCACUGUUGAUCAUACUGCCGUUCUUUCCGUAGCCGUGCCACCAAAAUGGAUUGUGGAGCCAACAGAUGAAAGUGUAAUAUUGGGUAAUUCCGUAACGAUUCCGUGUGAAGCAAAAGGAUCACCGACACCAACUAUUCUAUGGAAGCAAGCAAUAGGCGAACCUUCUGACGAAUAUCGUGACCUGAGCUACUCAAAAUCAGAAGGCAUUGAAACGUUUGCCAAUGGAACGCUUUAUAUUCCAAAUGUGACUCAAUCGCACGAAGGUAACUUUUUAUGUCAAGCUAAAAAUGAAAUCGGCGCUGGCUUGAGUAAAUUGAUACGGUUAACAGUUCAUGUCGGACCGAAAGUGAGAAUACCACAAAAACAAGUAUCAGUUCGUCGAAACGAUCAUGUUUCGAUACGUUGCGAGGCAGAAGGUGAUCAACCGUUGAAUAUAUCGUGGCAGGCGAGGGGAAAUCGCAUAGAUCCUACAUAUGAUAUUCGAUAUCAACUCAAAAAUACUCCAAUGAAUAAGGGAAUAGUAUCCGAAUUGACAAUCUUACAAUCAUCGUUAACUGAUCGCGGAGAAUAUGCAUGCAAAGCAACAAAUGCUUAUGGCCAAGAUCAUUCUGUUAUUUACCUACAAGUUCAAGAGCCGCCAAGCUUUCCUACGAACUUACACGUGACAGAACUCGGAAGUCGUUUUGUCCAAUUAACAUGGUCAUUAGAUCUUCCAGCUCCAACGUCGAUGCGUGGAGUUCAUCAUUACGCACAACCAAUUACAAAUUAUAUUUUACAAUUCAAAGAAGCCCAAGAUGUUUGGCAUGAUCAUAAUAAUCAAAAAACGUUGCCGGGUGAUAAAACAACGGCAAAGAUAACAGCACUGAAACCAUCGACCAACUAUCAUUUUCGAUUGUAUGCCUCAAAUCAGCUGGGUACAAGUGCCCCAAGUGAUAUUUUACAUAUUCAAACUGACGCUGAGGUUCCAAGCGGACCACCCAUAAUGGUGCACGUGGAAGCGAUUAGUCCACAAGAAUUGUUGGUUACGUGGCGUCCACCAGAACGGGAUCUCUGGAAUGGUGAAUUACUCGGGUACAAAAUUGGCUUUCAAAAGGUUACAAAUAUUGGGGCAAAUUUUGCAAAAGACUCCAAACAUCAACAUCAAAUCUAUAACUUUACUCGUGUUGGACUGUCAAGCGGAGAUGGUGUUAAUGAUUUUCGCUUAGUGAAUUUGGAUAAAUAUUCUCUUUAUUCGGUCACGGUGCAGGCAUUCAACUCAAAAGGAGAUGGACCUGCAUGUGAACCAGUACAAGCUCGAACUUUGGAAGAUGUUCCAUCAGCGCCAACCACAUGUACUUGCAUAGCGUUAACAUCACAAAAUAUUCAGGUAUCAUGGCAACCGCCGUUAAAAGAGCAUGAAUAUGGUGUUAUUCAGGGUUACAAAAUUUUUUAUGAACCGAUUUCUUCGGAUAUGCGGUACUUCGGUUCAACGGAUAUUCUGCUGGACGAUUCAAUUUCACGCGAAACAAAGAUCACAACGUCGUUGAAUACUGUUUUACAUGGAUUACAACCAUUUACCAACUAUAGCGUUCAAGUGUUGGGUUUCACGCGGGCGGGUGAAGGUCCCAGUGCAACAACGUAUUGUACAACCGAAGAAAACUCUCCAGAUCCACCUGAACGCAUCAAAUCAGUCGUAAAUGGAGAGUCUUCGGUGAUAAUAAGUUGGUUACCGCCUCGCCGACCAAAUGGAAUCGUUACAAAAUACACGGUAUACAUUCGAAUUUUGGAUAAAGGCCAAGAGGUGAAAAUCAUCAAAGACAACGUACCGGCACAAAAGCAUCACUUUGAAGUUAAAGAUUUGAAUGCACGUGAAACAUAUGAAGCGUGGAUAACAGCUUCAACGCGAAUAGGCCAAGGCCAGAGUACCCCAGUUAUAAAGCUUGUACCAAGCAAUACCGUACCAGCCGCAAUUAUAUCAUUUGGACAAAUACUUAGUGUUGCAUGGAAAGUUGAAAUAAAGCUAGCGUGUACAUUUGUUGGAAAACCGGCAGCUAAAGCCGAGUGGAAGGCAUUCGACUCAAAAAGACAACCUAUAAAUCAGCAGUUUCAACGGAUCGAAACUGGAGUAGACAACACAUUGGUAUUGCGUAAUGUCCAGCGUCAUCAUGAAGGAAAUUAUACAUGCCAAGUACGAAAUGCGCUUGGCACUGAUUACAUCAUCUAUCAACUAUUUGUCCAUGUCCCGCCAGGACCACCACAAUUACAUAUAACAGCCACUUCUGGUACAUCAGUUUUACUUGAAUGGUCAACCGAAGCAAUUGAUACGGGACGUACGCCGCUGAAAGGUUUCCUAUUGUCUUAUCGCCGCGAAUUCGGUGAUUGGGAAGAAAUAUCAUUGAAUCGUCGAAGUACUUCACAUACCUUAGACAACUUGCAGUGUGGAACAGUGUAUCAAUUUACGUUGGCUGCAUUCAAUAAAAUUGGCACAGGCGCAGCGAGUAAAAUUGAGGUGGCAAGAACAAAAGGAAAGAAACCAAUUUCACCCGAAGUGUACCAUUUCAUUCGAAGUAAUAUAACAUCAGUGUCACUUGAUUUAUCUGCUUGGCAAGAUGGUGGAUGUUCGAUUCAAUCGUUUACGGUAGAAUUUCGAAAGGCAGAUUCAACUAAUGGCAACGAUUGGAUUGUAGUGAGUAGCAAUGUGCCAGCAAAAUCACGCUAUUCAAUUCCGGAUUUGGAGUCAGACACAGUUUAUAAUCUCCGUAUAACUGCGCACAAUAAUGCUGGAUCAACUAUAGCCGCAUACAUAUUCAAAACACUAUCUGUCAACGGAGAUGGUGAACACAAUGAUUUGAUAUUGGCUGGAGAUGGGACAACGAAUAACAAUAUUGAGGGAAGCAAUAUGGAUUCAAUUCAACGUGCAUUCAAUCUUGAUUCAAACAUUAUUAUUUUGCUUAUUGGAUCGGUAUUGGGCAUCGCAUCAGCACUAAUGUGUGCUUGUAUCUGUUUUCGAUCUCGUACUAAUUUUGAUCAUGGCAGUGGAAGUGACACCAGAGGUUUGAGCGACUCGUCUCAUCAGCAUACUUCAAUGUCGAGCGAUUACAAACUUGGUCCAAUGUCUGCUGAGCAUCGUGACAAAUACUAUGCAACGGUGAGAAAACCCAUGCCCGAACAACAGAGUCCCGGCACCAACACACUCGAACGCAUCCCCGAAUAUUCCGAGGAUAUCUAUCCGUAUGCAACGUUCUUGCCGAAUGAAGAUAAUUUGGCUGGAAAUCCCAUGAUGUCACGCUAUGGAACAACAAAUAAUGCUGGAACCAUUCCCAUUUCGGCCAGUCUAUACAAUCCAAGGCAUUCAAUGUCAUCGUCAAAUAAAGACAAAUCCGGUUUUAUUCCAUUGCAGACGCAUUCCACCACAAAUUCAGCACAAAAUAUGGGCAUCGUAAAGAGAUCACAUCGAAAGCACAAAACUCAAAAAUCUGAAUCAGAGGAAUACGAUAGCUUGGGUUCCGAUACAGAAUCGGGCAGUGGCGAUCAUAUUCGUAGUAGAUUAGAUCAAUCGAUGCAUCUUGAUGAUCAUGAACCCACGAGUUUUAUUAAUAAAACGCCGCACAAAAUGAUGGUCAAUUAUCGGCUAUAACAUAGUCUAGUUCCGUUUUCAUUCAAGACAAAGAAGACAAAAUUGAGCAGUGUAUAAUAUAAACAAUUAUGUACCACUCUAGCCAAUUCAAUUGAGAAAAUAAAUUGAAAUUUAUUAGGACGAAAUUUAGGUUUGGCGUUAUCACGAAUCUGAUCAGAGACUUUUUAGAAGAAUAAGAAAUAUUCGAUAUAAAUUUAGUGAAUGAACGUGUUGAACAGAAUGUUAGUUAUGUUUAAAUUAAACUUCAAUACAAAAAAUGGUGCAUAAAGCAUAUAACUCAUUUACAAUUUAUCGAAAUUAAAAUCGAUCGAUAGGCAUGUCCUCAUUUUAUUAAUAAAUAAAUUGAAAUAAUUGGAAUAUUGAGAAUUUGACUUUUUUAACACGAUUUCUUUUUGCCCAUAAGCAGGCAAACAAA